AUGUUUAUGCAUAAUAUUAAAGGUGAAACAGUCAAAAAUAUUCAAAAUAAAGACAUAAGCAAGACAAAAGACACACAUUCAUUGCCUAAAUUAUCAACCGCAACCAAGCUAGAAUACGUCCCAAUAAAAAUAAUCUCUCAUACUUCAUCAGAUGAAAAUCAAAUUACAGAUAAUUCUCAGCAUUUAUUAAAACUGCCUCACAUGAGUCAUUAUUCAUCUCUAAAGCCAUCUGGAAAUAAAGAAUAUCUUUUCAAACUUAAUAAAAUAAAACUCCUUUCUAAGCUCGGCCCUUUAAAAUCUAGGCAAAAAAUUUUUCGCAAUUCUGACAGAAACCUUAUGCUUCAGAACCAACCAUCAGAUCUUUCACAUCCUUUUGAGUGCCUCAAAGGAGCUCAGAGUCCAAUGUCUCCUAAUAAAUCGUUUCAAAAAAUUGAGCCCGCUGAAAAAAGUCAAAUCACAGGACAGUUGAGUCCGAAAACAAUACCAAUAAAUUACGCGCUUGAAGAAAAAGAUCUGAAACGCCAAAAAUUGUCCAUAGACCUUUCAGAUGAAAUAAUUGGAGCUGGAGACAAUGUAAAUCCAAGUCCAAAACUUAGUUUAAAUGAAAGAUUAUCUAUUAUUACACCGAGAAAAGUAUUGAAGCAUUCAAUUGGAAAUAAAAAAAUAUUUUUUGGAGCUGAUUUUAAAAAUAUGACGAGAAAGCCAAAAAUAAAACAAAUCAGCAACUCAAGUAUUUAUAGCACGAUUACUGGGUGGGAGAACUAUAAUAAAGAUGAUUCUUUAUAUCCAGAUAGCUAA